AUGCUCUAUAUCCGCACUAUCCUCGCUGCUGUCCUGGCCGGGGCUGUCGUUGCCACCCCCAGCACACUGAUGAAGCGUGACGAGAAGCUCACCAUGUCGGCCCCUUUUUUUGUACUUCCAGCUUCUGACCAUACACUCCUCAUCACUAGCAACAAUUCUUCCUUCCUCUACGACGACGGGUCGUGCUCCACUUCAGGGGCGACGAUUCCGACGCCGUCUGGCAGCGGCACUUGGUCGACGUCCAACUGCGGUGCGGCCACUGACCAGGUCCUGGGUACCAUCAACGCCGGUGGCAACACCUACACUUGCUACCGCGCCAAUAACCAGAACUUCGAUAAUGACUGCCUUGACUACCUAUGGCCCCUAAUGCCAUUUAUACCUGACCCCCUUGAGAUUGCCCUAUGCACUGGUGAGGGCACGCCCACGGUGAACAUUCCCCCACCCAGCCCGGCACGAAAACGCCGUUUUGGGGCACAUCUAUAUAGUCUUUCGGCUUAUUAA